CGCAGUUAUUCCUAGUUACCAUUGGAGAGUUGUAGCAGGUGUUUUGGCAUUUUUGGAACAGGUUGUUUAUUCGAAAUGGCCGAAGUGACUGAAGAAAAGAAAGAACCAGAGACAAAACGUGUACACACGUAUCCAUUGAUACGGCAUUCCGAUAUGAAUGAUGAAAUGAAGACGGAGGCAAUGGAAUUGUGUGUUACAGCUUGUGAGAAGUUUUCAACAAAUAAUGAAAAUGCUGCAAAGAUGAUAAAAGAAACGAUGGAUAAGAAAUUUGGAGCCUCUUGGCAUGCAGUCGUGGGCGAGGGAUUUGGAUUCGAGCUGACACACGAAGUGAAGAAUCUGCUCUACAUGUUUUUCGGUGGGACAUACGCCAUUGUUGUCUGGAAAUGUUCAUGAGGACAAUGACUUGAAGUGUACAACCUCUGUCCAUGUGGGACUGGAAACUUUGUAAAAAAAAACCCAAGAAAACAAUAUCACCACCGAAUACUUACAUUUGUAUUUAACUAGUUAAUGUUUUUCUUCUCAGCUGUGAUAUAUAUAUAUAUAUAUAUAAAUGUAUAAUAUUUUUUUUUAGUUAUAUGUGAACAUGUUUCAUGCUGUUUUUAUGAAUAUUCAUGUACCUGUCAUUUGCAUUUAGUUAUAAAUUCCAUAUAGGCUAUAAAAUGUAAAAAAAGAAAGAAAAAAAAGUAUAAUUGGGACUGGAACAGUUAAACAUUCUGAUAAUUGCUUUCAGUGUAAUUAUAUCUACAUGUACUUGUAGAUAAAAUGAGACAUACAAAUUCCUUUGACUGGCUGAAAAGUCCAUAGUAAAUUGAUCUUCACAGAUUUUGCACUGCAAAAUCGGACUUGCCGUGUAACCAUACUGUCAAAAAAUUUUAAUUUGAAAACUAAAACUUACAAAAAUUUAUGUUUUGCAAAUUGUACCAAUAUUUCAAUUUUCUUGAUAAAUUUCUAGUUACCAGUACUAUUACCAGAUAAAUAUCUGUAUAAUUUCAUUCAAACUUGAAACAUUAAAAAGUAAAGUCAAAAUAAAUAUUGGUAGGAUAUGUUACCUUUCAAUGGUGUUAAUGUACCCUAUUCUUUAAAAAAAAAAAAAAGUUAUAAUAAUAAUAUAUACAACUUGAAGUAUUUUCUUGUUUGGUUCUUUACAAACAAAAAACUUGGCCAAAAAAUAGGACAUUAACAUAUAACCACAUAACUUAAUGUGUUAUUUAUUAAAAAAUAAAUUGAUGGCAGCUGUGUUUUACGUCUAUAAGGAAUUUGUGACCCGUUGUGUGUGUAUAUUCCAAGCUUUACAUUCCUUGACUGUACCUAACAAGGCUGGGUCACUUUGGCUAUGCAGUUGUACAAAGCAUAAAACUUGACAUGUUCAUUCCUGUACAUACAUCACAUUUUCAUUGUGAACAAUAAACUUAAUAUUUUUAACAUU